GUAGGUGUAUGCGGCUUGUAGGAAUUCAAUUGGCUUGACCUUGGAGUUCACAGUCGUAACGAAAGUUGAAACUGUUAUAGAUAGAGUAGUGAACACUUUUCUUUCCUUCAGGAGAAGAAAAAGAGAACAGAAGAGAUACGCUCCGAUUGGCUGAAACAAGUGUCAGUAUAGGAUCGCUGUUUAAUUCUGUGCUACAUAGGAGGAGUCUUAGAUUUCGGAAUGACAGGUGUUCCCUCACCGAACCGCUUUGAAAAUUCAGAUGAAAAUAAUCAACCAAUUAUUGACAUACCAUCCACGCAAAAAGAUGCAGAGUUAUUCUCCGAUAGUUUUACUGUCACUCCCCACAGCCGACUGCAGUUCACUCUCAGGUUGAUCAAUUCCGAAUUCGAAGCUAGGGGUUAUAAGAAAAUUUUAAAAUCAGAGGCCGGGCAAUUGGAAGUUAUCAUGAGCAACUUUGUCAAUGGGGUUUCAAGACUCAUUUAUUCUCAUAGUGCCAACCUUGAUAAUUGUAAGAAGAUUGAGUCAAGCUUUCAAUAUGUGCAGUCGGAAUUCAUGCGUGUACAGAGACUUUUUCACAGAUGCCAACAAGAACUGGAUGCGUCUGUAAAAUUGAAUGAAUUAGCAAAAUUGAAAGAAGAACAAAUGUUAAGUGAUAAGGAGUUACUUAAUGAUCGUCUAAAAACGAUAUCUGAUACACUUCAUAGAGCUCGUUUAAGUUACCUAGAAAAUGAAAAUAAAUGGGAGCAUCAACGGCGGAAGUUACAGAUAGAGAUUGAAAGCCUACGCAAACACUUAAGAAUCUGUCAGAGGAAAGCUUCAUCUGAAUAUAAUAAAAGAGGAGAAAUAUAUCAUUCACCAACUAUUUCAACAGACUUAUCUACAUUUCAGAUACGUUCACCUGUUGAAGGUGAUAAAGUAGUAGCCAGUGGUUGUCUAUCUAACAUCAACCAAUUAAGUAUUCACGACAGGAGUAGUACAUCACCAUGUUCCUGUUCUCCUGGUGUAGUUACAACAAAAGCAUCGUUGACCAAACAGUUGAGCAGUAGUGGAAGUCGUCGGCCUUGGAGAAAUGCUGUAAAUAUUCAAACUAAUCGAGAUAAUAAAUCUUCGUUAUUAAUUCAACAGUUACAAAUUCGUCAGAAUGAAUUAUGUCAUGAAAAUCGUGAACUUCGAUAUCUUGUCAGCCAACUGUCUGCACGAAUAUUUCAAUUCUCAGACUACCUCAAACACAAUUGUGACCUAUGCGCACCGAAUAAUGCUAAUAUUUCAUUUAAUUGUGACAAUGAACAUCACUCUCUCGGUGAAUCACAUGAAGAACAUGACAUAUCUGAUUUCGAAAGGGUUUUAAUCAGGAAAAGUAUACAUGAACAAUCCACUCGCAAUAUUGAUGUUUCCCUCGAAUUGCCUUAUAGUGUAUUUCGUGAUGAUCUUAUUACACGUGUACAGUAUGCUUUAUGCGUGAUAUGGUCUAAAUUGAAGUGUUUGACAAGGUGUCAUACGAAUUCAGUAAAAGAAACGCCUGGUUCUAAUGCACCGUUGCGCAAUACAGAUAAUUCACCAACAGUUGAGUGUGUUGACAGUGAUAAGGUUCAUGUAGAAAACGAUGAUGACAUUGAACAGUUGGAAAAUCAAUUAUCCCAGUUGAAUUCCUUAUGGGCUAAUUACGAAGAUCCUCAAAGCUGAAGGAUUCAUUUGUGCGAAGGUACUCGUAGUGUAAGUCGGGCGUAUGCAUAGUGUGUGUCCUACUGGUGGGUGGUACCAUGAAGUCAAUUGGGGAGUUAUCGUUCGGUUUCUUAACUGUUCUUCUUCUUCUUUUGCAAUAAUAUUUUACCUCGUUUGUUAUUUUUAUUUUAAGUUAGUUUUUUGUACAUCGGAAGAUAAAUGUAUGUUUGGUUUCUGUUGGUACUCAUAAUUCUCGUUUCAAAUAGAGACUUUUUAUGCAUGAUAUUUUGAUUUUUAAUGACUACCAAUCUGUGUUGCUUUUGGAUCAUUAAUUAUUAUGUGUGCAAAAUCCACUUGUUGACAGAC